AUGUGGAUUAUAUAUCAUUGGAUCAUAGCCGUGGGCCUGAUAUGCCUUGUGCUGCAAAUUGAUGCUGUCGAAAGUGCAAUACUUGAUUCACGCUGUUACCUAGAAGGUGGCGGUUCAGCGGAAAGUUUUCUUGCCAGUGAAGACUUGGACAUAGGCACAAUUAUUGGGAAGUUGCGUAUCAACGGCAAUCCUGAUUUGGAAAAUGGUGACAUAAACUUGGCGUUGCGAGAAAAAGAUGCCCCAGUGGAAAUUGUUCCAGGUACCAAGGAUCUGGCAUUGGCUGUGGAAUUAGAUAAGGAGGGGAAAACGGGACCCUCGUCGAUUUAUGUUAAUGUCAUUUGUAUACGACGUCAUUCCACAGAUCCGAGCUUCGUUAUACCAGUCAAUGUUCGAGUGAUUGAUAUCAACGAUAAUGCACCGCAAUGGAUUGGAACACCCUACACCCUUACCCUAUCCGAAGUAACAGUGCCGGGUACCCGCAUUCUGCAAGGAGCCAAGGCCGAGGAUGCCGAUCAACAAGGACCAUUUUCCACAGUGGAAUAUCAAGUACUGCCGGGUCCCUAUUCAGAAUAUGUACAAUUCCUAAACCCAUUAGAGGGCACUUUGGUUCUGAAAAAAGCUUUAGAUUAUGAGCAAAUGCAAAAUUUCACAGUGAAGCUGAGGGCCCAGGAUCAGGGCACCCCACCUAAAUAUUCCGAUACCGUGCUAAGGGUGGUCAUUACCGAUGCCGAUGAUCAAAAUCCCAAAUUUCUAAGGGAAACUUAUAGUGCAGAUUUACCCACAGAUGGAAGGCCAGGUGAUUUGCGUAUACGUCCGGAGCCGUUAAAGGCCAUCGAUCAGGAUGAGGGUAUUUGUGCACCCAUACAAUAUUCCAUUGUCCAAUCCCAGGAUACAAAAUAUUUUCGAAUACAUCCGCAUAAUGGGGUUAUAACUCUGCUCACACCCAUUGGAUAUUCGGAUUUGACAAAUGGUGCAACGCUGGUAGUGAAAGCAACACAAAUUGACAAUCCCGAUCGUUAUGCCUUGGCAACGGUUACACUAUCGAGGCCUGGUAUUGGGACGCACAGCGAUUUGAGUGCCUUGACUUUUGUCCAGAAGAAAUUUUUUAUGCGGAUACGAGAAGACACCGCCGUGGGGAAUCGUAUCUUGGCUUUGCCCACCAAUAAGCCAGGGAAACAUUUGAAAUACACCAUACCGGAUCCGGUGAAUGCGGAAUUUUUCACAGUCGGCUCUUUGGGAGAGGUUAUAUUGGCCAAGGCAUUGGAUUAUGAGAAAAUGACAAAACAUGAGUUUCAAGUUGUGGCCACAGAUGGCAUGACCAAUACCACCGCAGAGGUGACUUUGGAGGUGACCGAUGUCAACGAUUGGGAGCCAAGAUUUCGUGAGACCCACUAUGAGUUUAUUGUGCCGAAGAGUCAAACCUUACAAUCCAGAUCGGAGUCCUUGGAUGGUGUGGUAAUAGGCAAAGUGGAGGCGGCAGAUGGUGAUCGCAAUGACAAACUGGAAUUGUCGUUAAGGGGACAACAUGCUGGCCUAUUUGAGAUAGACAAUACCGGAAACAUUUAUAUGAGACCCGAACAGUUACAAACUCUAAAUGAAUCCACAAUACACCUGAUUGCCAUUGCCACCGAUACUGGGGUGCCACCACGCAGCACUUCAGUCCCUGUAUCCGUUACCAUGGAAGGUGUGGCCUUGGCCCAAGCCUCAUGGAGUAACAGCAUAUUGGGCAUGUUUGGUAUAAUUGUGGCUCUCUUCAUACUCAUCAUACUGGCCUUGACGUGUUACAUUGUACACUACAAAAAUAAGGCGCGAAAGACGACACCCACAUUGGGACGCAAUCGGGUGCACAGUCAUGGUCACAGCACUGUGUCAUCGGCAAAUUUGGUCACCCACGAAAAAGUGGCGGGGAAUGGAAAUGGAGCCACUGUGACAAGUGGUAAUGUUUCAGUGCUGCAUAUGAAACAUAAUGGAAAUAUAUCCAUGGCGAAUCCUAUAAGUAAUGGUGGAGUCUAUCAUCCGCCGCCGAGUAGCAGCUUAAGUAGCAAUAUGGGCAUGGGAGCAACCGCUAUGCUGGCAGCAAGUUUGGAGAGGGAACGUGAGCGGGAGAGGCAGCGUGAGAACUAUGCUGCCACUGUGAGAAGUAUCGUUUCAAGGGCCUCUGCCAAUGGCCAACUCUACGAAGAAGAUGAACUGGAAAAUGAUUCACUGUCACAAAAUUCUCCACAUUCGGCGGAAAUCAAUAAUAAGAAAAGAGCCUGGGAGCCACCAUCGACGACAAUGUCUCAACAGACGGGUAUUACAACAAUCACCUGCGCCAAUGGUAGUGUAACAAAUGUUGGUGUUAAUGGGGCCUCCAGCAAUUUGGUUGCUUCCGAUACAAUGGGUUCAUCGGAAAAUAAUUUAACGGUAUAUUUUUAAAAAAAUAUAUCUAAAAGAUAAGAAAAGAAACUGUGCUGUAAAUAUAUUUUGUUUUUAAAGAAAAUGGUGUUAAAAUAUAAAAGUCUACUACUUACGUUGGUGGGUUAGGUGUCCUGACCUCAAGUUUUUGUUUUUCCUUUAAUCUUUUUUUUCUCGUUGGAUAAGCUAAUAUAUAAGAAAAAUUAUUCAUAAUUCAUGUUAUUUAAUGCGAUAUAAAUUAUGUAAGUUUUUAGAUUUGAUGUGUAAAUGGAAGGCCAAUGCAGAAGGGAUAUAGGUCGCGUCUAAAAUUCUUAAAAAAAGUAAUCAUAAUUAUUUAUCUUGCUGGUGCAUAUAUUGACAAACUUACUGGUACAUAUAUUGCCCUAAGGCCAAUCUUUAUUUAUUUUUCUAUUGACUUCUUGUGUCUCCUGCAUUGGUUUUCCGACUAAAAAUAAUGAAAUAUUAUUCUCUUUGUUUUAAGAACUGUGCAAAAUACUCUCUUGACUCCAUUUGUAAAUCUUUAGCUUCCAUUAUAAGAUAUUAUUGUUAUAUAUAAAGAUAGACUAAUUUAAAAAACAUAUAUAAAAUGACGAAUAGUAACCUUAA